CAAUAUAGCUAAUACACAAUUUCAAUGAAUUAUCGUAGUGAAUUAUUGAAAACCGCACAAUUUUAAGCUAGUAUUUAAGACGGAAACACACCUAGUGAAAGAACCAUGCUGGAGAAAGAAUUUCUAGAUAAAUGUUAUUUCAUACCAAAAGAUGUAAUGCUGAAAGUCCUUGCAAUGCUCGAAUCUUCGACUCCAUGGAAAUCGACAAGUGACAUAUGCAGAAGGAACUUGGCAUCAAUCCAAGGUUUUCGGAGUUCUCCCAAAUUCAGAGAUGACAGCCUGGCUCCUCACGGCCUAAAAAGCUUACAUCACUUGGCUCUCAACAAGGCUAUAUAUGCUCAAGACUGGGAUAAGCUUUUGUAUGUUUUGAAGAAAAUACCUCCUUGGAAGUUUAAAUUCUCUCGCCCCAGUCAUGCUGCUGUGUAUUAUCGGGCAAUGACAAUAUUACUGCUAAACCAUCCAACAGCUCAAGCCAACAGUCUCAUGAAUGAAUUCCUACAUAUGGUCCUUUCCUGUAGGUCUGAUGCUGACAAGAAGGCUAUUCUCAAAAUACUUUUAAGUUUACCUAGUAAGCGACAUACACAAUAGAAAUCCUUGUAUUUGAAAUUGUGCGUUUGUUAAUGAUUUUGAAGGAGCUGGAAAUUUUGUUCCAAGCUAUGAGUUUAUAAUUCAAGAGCUUGCUUACACUUAUCUAAGUCUUUGUCAACAUGGUCGGUACCUAUUUUAGAUCACAUUCUCAAUUUUAAUGUAAUUAUUACAGUUACAAUAGACAUAAUAGUGAAGACAAAACUUAAUUUACAUAGUUAAUUUAAUAAUUAUUGUUAUAUUUAUUUAAUAUUGCUAAGUGUAAUUUUAAUAUUACAAAAUCUUCCAAAGCUGUGAUGAAUCACUAAUUAAUGUUUUAAGAUAAAUUAUUUUGUAAAAACUUGUCAUAAUA